AAGCAUCCUCGCCAUUUUCUAUUCUGACUAGCUAGGAAACAUGCAGCCGUAGGGCAAAUCACAAAGAACAACCAUCAUCUUCUUCUCGAGGGAUCAAGAAAAAAAAAAGAAAGAAAGAAAUGGGCGUUGAAAUCCAGAACUUCGUCAAGCUAUGGACUGCAGCAGUAUGGUCUCAAUUUUACACUUACUAUGUAGUCUCAAGAAUCCCAAGUGGACUGCUCACUAGACUUGUUUCGCUUGUGCCCAUCUUUUACCUCUUCAUCAUCCUCCCCCUCAGCCUCUCUUCCUUCCAUCUUGGAGCUCCCACCGUUUUGUAUCUAGUUUGGCUGGCCAACUUCAAGCUCCUCCUCUUUGCCUUCAAUCUAGGCCCCUUGUCAUCACACCCUCCCUUAUCCCUCCCACAUUUCAUCGCCACUGCUCUUCUCCCCAUCAAAUACAAAGACGACCCAACUCAUUUCCGUCCCUCCUCAUCAAAUGAUGCUCAAAACAGCAGCAUCAAACGACGUCCCACAUCCCAAAUUACUCCGGAAAUCAUGCGUAAACGCCGGCAGUUUAAGAUUAUUCGUUUCACCAUUAAGCUCGUCGUUUUGGUAGCAGCGAUCAGUUUAUACCGUUAUAGGCCGCAUUUGCACCCGUGUCUCGUCACGGCCAUCUACUGCUGCCAUAUGUACCUUGGCAUUGAGUUUGUCCUGGCGCUCACAGCUGUCCCGGUUCGAGCCAUCCUAGGACUGGAACUCGCGCGGCAAUUCAACGAGCCGUACUUAGCCACCUCGCUCCAAGAUUUUUGGGGUCGUAGAUGGAACCUGAUAGUUAGCACCAUUCUACGUCAGAUCGUAUACGAUCCAGUUAGGAGCAUAUUUACUCCAAAAUUGGGAAGGAAUUCGGGGUUGGCGGCAGCCACUCUGGCCACAUUUUUGGUAUCCGGUUUAAUGCAUGAAGUUCUCUACUUCUACUUGUCUCGCGAAAGUCCCACGUGGGAAGUGACUUUGUUCUUUGUCGUGCAAGGAAUUUGUGUGACUCUUGAGAUCUAUGUCAAGAAGGCGGUGGCCGGCAGGUGGCGGUUGCAUAGGGCUGCGUCCGGGCUGCUCACCGUGGCAUUUGUGGGUGUCACUAGUGCUUGGUUGUUCUUUCCUCAAUUGAUUAGAUACGGUGUGGAUCAAAGGGUCAUUGAGGAGUGCCAUGCUUUCCUGAGUUUCCUUGGGAAUAUCUUGAGCCUACCUACCUCGUACUGGAGACGUAAAUUAUGAGUUCUUCGAUUCAUGACUUCCACCCUGUGAUACCAACAAAAUCAAUCCUUAUUUGAAUGUUUGCCAGAUUUCAAUUUAUAUUAUUGUUAUUUCAUUCGAUCCUUA